AUGCUUGUUGGCUCGCUAAAACAGAGGCAUAGGACGGCGCGGAAUAUACUCGACAGGACGGUGUGUGGUCUGCACUUUGGGAGGUGGUUGCUGUACACGGUCUACUGGGCAGUCAACCUGGUUCUGGUCUUGACGAAUAUUGACUUGAGCAGUCUCCACGACGUGGGAAAACGUUUGGGCUGGGCUGCCAUUGCAAACCUCGUUCUUCUCGUCUUCCUCGCUCUCCGAAACACUCCACUUGCACCCUUAUCGGGGCGGUCGUAUGAGAAGCUACGUCCCCUUCACAAGACGGCCGGGUAUACAACCAUCGUAUUGAUGCUACUUCAUGCCAUAAUCUUCUUGGCCGAAAUGUCAGAGGAAGGCUGGCUAUACGCGAUGCAAGAACUAGAGAACGCUGCCGGUGCCGUUGCUGGUAUGGCUAUGUUUGUUCUGGGAAUAUCCACAAUAGGCUGGUUUGUUCGGAAGUCAUACGAAGUCUUCUACAUGAUACACAUCCUCAUGUUCAUCCUCAUCAUGAUCAUGGUUGGAAUGCAUAGACCUGAUCUGUCCAAGCAGACCCUCGUGAUCGUCAUCUUCACGUCUUGUAUGUGGUUCGCCGACAGGCUUGUCCGACUGGCUAAAGUUUUCUGGUUCUCAAUCGGCAACCAUGCCGUAGUCACUGCCCUACCAGGAGAUACAGUACAUGUCAAACUUUUACGGAAAGUAUCUUGUCAACCGGGGUCCCAUGUGUUUCUGUGGCUCCCUUCUGUUCGUUUGUUCGAGACUCAUCCCUUCACCAUGGUCUCUUCGAGUCCUCCUGAGUUUGUAAUCAGGGCAUAUGAUGGCUUCACUCGUGACUUGUACAGCGUCGCUCAGCAGAAACCGGGUCAGUUGCUUAGAUGCUCCAUGGAUGGAGGCUAUGGACAGGUCCCGAAUUUUAUGGAGUUCGAUAAGGUGAUCUUGGUUGCGGGCGGCAGCGGUGCUAGCUUUACUUUUGCCAUUGCACUUGGUUUAAUAGAGCAACUGGCAGCUCGAAAUGCCUCAAAACCCAUAGAAUUUCUCUGGGUAGUCAAGAGUCGGGAAUCACUGAAAUGGUUCGAGUCUGAGCUUAGCAAGCUCUUAGAAAGUUCCUAUGUCAAUGUUUCCGUCUACGUCACCCGCGAUGAAGCAUCUUUCGACGACUCAGCUGUUUCUACAACGACAGUCCAUGCCAAAUCUGCAAAUUUGAUCAACCCCGUGACCAGUGAGGGUGAUAUUGAGAUGGGCUUAAUGAAGGAGGCAGCUCCUGAAAUAACAGCUGAUGGAACACUGCAUACUAAGAAAGGACGACCAGACAUAAGACUAUAUAUAUCAGACUGUAUCUCAAACUGCACGUCAGAGGCGCAGGUGGGUGUCGGCGGUUGCGGCCCGACUCAGAUGAUUGAGGGUUUGAAGAAGGCAGUACGAGAGACACGGGUGUCAGGCCCAUCAAUAACACUUCAUACAGAGGAGUUUAUGUGGUGA